AUGAAGAGGAGGAAGAAGAGUGUGGUUCGUGUUGGCAUCCAAGAUGCCACUACCGUGCUGGAGGUGAGGCAGCGCGUUUCUGCUGUUGUGCUGAAGGAGCAACAACUGGCAGAUGUGGCUCUGGAAGGCUACAACGCCUUCUUGAGCGAGCUGAUUGACGGGGAGGAAUUGUUCUGCCACGAGUUUGAGAAUGAGUGUGGCAGACACGUGUUGCGGCUGAAUGGCGUGAUGCCCGGUAACGUGCAGUACACGCCGCUGGUGUGCCGCCAGGAGGAACGCUCCUAUCUGCUCCCUCUCACUGUACGGGCCUCCUACAUCUGUGAGGACGCUCCCGGUAGCCAGGUGAGGGCCUUUUCCCACCGGGUGUUCCUGGGAGAGAUCCCGCUCAUGGUGGGCUCCAGGCUGUGCAUCACGUGUGGCAGCACUGAAGAGGAGGCAGUGUUGGCGGGGCAACAGCCUGGUGAGCCCGGCGGCUACUUCAUCGUGGACGGAACAGAAAAAUUCAUUCCUUUCCGCAACCUGCUCAAGAAGAACAGCCUGCUUGUGACCAAGUGCCUGGGCCAGGAGAGCCAGAAGUUCUCCUUCAAGUGUUUCGUGUUCAGCACAGUCAAUGGCACAGAAGCCUUCCAGACGGCGGUGUUGGCCUCCGCCAAGCAUGGCCUGGUGGUCAAACUGUCGCUUGGGCGUGGGAUGCACGUGCUCGUGUCUCUCAGUAAAGUGUUGGCUGCAUUAGGGAUCCAGGGCCCACUCAAACCUUGGCAGGAGACAGAGUCCUUUUUGUACUUGGGGCAGACGCUCGCUGCGAUAGUGCCGCUCAGAGAGCAGCGUCAGCAGCGGCGACAAAAAGGAGCCAGAGAUAGCAACAAGGCCAAGGUGCCUCUGACCCGCGAUGCAUUCAGGUGUGAGGAUGGCAGUAAGUCUGUGGUGGCGGAAGCAGUGGUGGACUACUUAGUGGCGGCUACCCAGGUGCCCGAUGUGGCGGCUCAGGACCUGCUUCAGGUACACCGGAAGUGUGAGAGGAGCGAGCAGCACCACGCUGCGCUGCUCAGGAUUGCCACCAGGUUUGCCGAGAUGCGUCAGGAGGAGGCUAAGCAAGAUCUGGAGUACACACGGCGGCUGACAGCGUUACUGGAAGUGAUGCUACAGGGGUGUGAAGAUGUACCCUCUGCAACCCACAUGGUGACGGCCGCCCUCACACUUCCUUCACAGCAGGAGGCCCUCAGAGCCUUGCGUCAGACCGCCAAGAGGGUGUGGAGGAACACGGCCAUGAGUGAGGUGCUGGAGAGGGUGUUGGUGCCUCAUGUCGGGGGCAGCCUGCUGCACAGAGCCUUCUACCUCGCCUUCAUGACCAACCAACUACUGCUGGUGAUGUGUGGACGGCAGCCUGCUGACGACCCACUGCACUUGGGGAACAGAAUGCUGGUGACACCCGGUUCCUUCGUCAGCAGCCUCUUCAGCUCCGUGAUGAAGCCAAUCUUGACUCGGGCUCGUGCCACUAUAGACCACCAGUACAGGAAGCCCCGGGCGGUGUGGCCAGACGAGCUGGGCAGCGAGGACCACUACGAGGAUGACCACCGCAUCUUCGGGGAGAACCGUGCCUGCCUGCUGAAGAAAGAUGAAAAGAUCUUGUCAGAAAAAUUUGACAUUUUGAACAUUUUCCAGUUCCAUCAUAACAUUGUUGGUGAGAAGAUGUGCAAGGCGUUCAGGACGGGCACUUGGGGAGAGGGGCGCGGCGCCAUGACGGGCGUCACGCAAAAUCUGGAGCGCCUCAACUACAUGCAGUACCUCUCUCAGGUGCGCACCGUUAACGGUGAGGACAAGGUGAUGAAUGGGCAGGGUGCUGUGCCCCACCAGCUGCACACUAGUAUCGUAGGCUUCCUCUGCCUCAUGGAGACGCCCGAGAACGAGCACGUGGGCCUCGCCGAGCACCUGGCCCUGGGCGCCGCGUUGUGCCGUCCCGUGGAACCCACACACGUGCAACAGGCACUGCAGAUGCUGCCGGUGAAGCUGUUCACAGCGGAAGAGAUAUGCACGCCAGACCACCUGGGCAAGGUGUUCGUGGACGGCCGGUGGGUGGGCAAUGCAGAGGCUCCAUUGUGCUUGAUCAAGGCUCGCCUGGUGGAGUACCGCCGCCGCCACACCAUCCACUUGGGUGUCCACCUCAGGAACCAUGACCUUCACAUUGACACAUCGGGUGGCAGACCGGUGCGGCCGCUCUUGGUGGUGCAGGGCGGCUCCCUCGCUCUCACUUGUGACGACCUGGUCGCCUUGAGGGAGUGUCGCCUCCUGCUGAAUGAUCUGUGGAAGAAGGGCGUGGUGGACUUCCUGGACCCGCUUGAAAACAGCGCGGUGUUUAUCGCUGAGACGGCAGCUGACCUGUGCAGGCCGGGUGUGGACUACUGCCAGCUGCAGGCUGUGUUGAGUCACGGCAUCGUGAGCGCUGCCACUCCCGUGGGCAGCACUAACCCAGGCGUGCGGCGCCUCGGCUCGUGCAAGAUGCAGAAACAGGCCAUGGGACAGCCAGUGGUGUCUGAGCUGCUCGCCCACCGAGGCACCUACUCCAUGCUCAAAACUCCCGAGGCGCCCCUUGCCGUGCCAGCCUUCAUUCUCAACCUGCCCAACGCAAGGCUCAUGUACUCUGGCCAGUCCGCCCUCACUGCAGUGAUGGCUGUGCGUGGCCUUAACCAAGAGGACGGCCUCGUGUUCAGCAAGGGCGCCAUCGACAGGGGCCUCUUCACCAGCCUUCACUUCCGCUACUACCGUAAACACGAGUCUCUGUUCGGGGCAGAGGUGGCCGCCUGUGCCGAGGUGGGAUGGCGCCUCAAGGCGGGUGACGUAGUUAUCAUGUGCAAGGACGAACGCUACCACGUGCGGGUAGGGGACACAGAGGGCCCCAGUGAGGUGAGCCGCUGCUGUGUGAGGCACCUGCCAGAUGGACGCGUGCUAUACGAGGUAGAGACGGUGCAGGAGAGGCGGCCCGAGGUGGGGGACAAAUUCGCCACGCUCAAUGGUCAGAAGGGCGUCAUCUGUGCCAUCCUGCCUGAUUGCCAGCUGCCCAAGCUGGAAGACGGCCGCACGCCAGACAUCUUUAUAAGUCCACACAGCUUCCUGGACCGCCAGACCGUCGGCUUCUUCCUGGAAGGCAUCCUCAACAUCUUGGCGGUACACACUGGUGUCCUCAUAGACGCCACCAGCAUCGACUCCGGUUGGGAUCUGCCGCGGGCCCAGGACGCCCUCCGCACGCAGGGCCUCUCUUCAGCAGUGAAGGUAUUGAGUGCCACCGGAAGGGAAAUGGGCCGCAUCUUCUGCGCACCGAUCUUCUACAUGCGAUUGAAGCAUUUGGCUGUGCUCAAGUGCCACGCGCGGCACGACGGCCCUGUGGACCCCGUGUUCCGGCAGCCCGCAGUGGGCCUGGCACACGGCGGUGGCUUGCGCCUGGGCGAGAUGGAGGUGUCCGCGCUGGUGAGCCACGGUGCCGCUGAUCUGGUGCAGGAGUUCAUGCAUGACCAGAGUGACGGGCUGCAGCUGCCCUACUGCAACGCCUGCCUCAGGUGGGCUGAGGUGGCGGGCGAGAGUGUCGCCUGCCGCCAGUGUCGCAAAACUGACAAUCUCGUGCUGCGGAGAACCACUUACUCGUUCAAAGUGUUCGAGGAGUGUCUCCUAAUGGUGAACCUGAAGCUGCUCCAGUAUGGCCAAGGCCACGACCACACCGAGAGUGACGGGCAGUACCACGACUCAGAGGUGGCGUCCCUGUCCAGUGACGACGAGGCGGAGUGGCGGCCCGAACGGCGGCAGGACGCCGUGGAGGCUGCAGUGAAGGAGAGCUGGCGGGGCACUCUCUGA